CAAAGUGAAAGUGAAACUAAAUGUAGAGAUAAGCAUGUGACGGUGAUUGUAUUUAUUGACAGGAAAAUAUGUCGUCUGUUAUCAAACACCCAGUUAUUACUGGGCUUAGGCGGAUGUUUAUUCUAGUAACACCUAAUGAAACAUCGUUUGAGAAAAUAGAAGAUGUGCCGAAUUAUGUCGAUGAGGCUGUUCCUUACUUCAUUGCGUUGAUUAUCAUGGAGUGGGCUGUUCUUUACAUCAAAGGAGAGACAUUACCUCGUUUAAAUGAUAGUUUUAGCUCCCUAUCUAAUGGAGUGCUGUCACUUCUACAUGGGUUAUUGUUUAGAUCUACAGAGUUGGCCGCAUUCAUGUGGACUUACAAGCAUUUCAACAUGGUGACUCUACCUUGGAACAACCCUAUCACCUGGAUACUGUGUCUACUGGGUGUAGAUUUUGUCUACUAUUGGGUGCACAGAUGUGGACAUGAGGUGAAUAUUAUGUGGGCUGGGCACCAAACCCACCAUAAUUCAGAGGAUUACAACUAUUCCACAGCACUUAGACAGUCUUUUCUUCAUAGAUACGCUAACUGGAUGUUUUAUAUGCCAUUAGCUCUGUUCCUACCACCAUCAAUAUUUCUGGUGCACAAUCAGUUCAACUUGAUCUACCAGUUCUGGGUGCAUACUGAGACUGUGGGUAAAUUAGGACCUCUUGAAUGGAUUUUGAGUACACCUAGUCAUCAUCGUGUCCAUCAUGGUAGAAAUCCAUACUGUAUUGAUAAAAACUAUGGUGGGGUGUUCAUCAUAUGGGAUAGAUUAUUUGGGACAUUUGAAGCAGAAAAAGAGGAAGAAAAAGUUGUUUAUGGUCUGGUACACAAUAUUGACUCCUGGGAACCAGUCCAUGCUCAGUUACACCAUUUGAUUUAUGUGAUAAAAAGUGCUUGGAAUAUACAAGGAAUAUCAAAUAAAUUGUCAGUGUUAUUGAAAGGCCCUGGAUGGUCUCCAGGGAAACCAAGGUUAGGCUGUUUAGAAGAUAUUCCACAGGUUAAACAGAAUCCUGUAAAAUAUAACAGUGAUGUAUCAACAUGGAGAACUAUUUAUAUCUGGCUACAUUUUCUCAUAUUUCUCCUGCUGUGGCAACCAAAUCUGUCAAUGAAUAAACAGAGCCUAUCAACAACAUACAUGACUGUGAAUAUAAUAUACAUUGUUUUCUCCUUGUUUGUCUUUGGAUCUAUGUAUGACAAAAGGUCUUAUGCAAACGAGCUGGAGAUGGUAAGAAGUGUUUUAUUUGUGGUUGCCUGGCAACUAGGUGUUGCCAUGCCUGUCAGUCGUGCUGUCUGCGGUUGGUACCUUGUCUCGGCUUUAAUUUGGGUGCCAGUGGUGAUACUUAAUAAAACUGCAGUGAAGAAGAAAAUGAAAUAG